AUGUCACAUUCAGAGCAACUCAGACAAUACAGAAUUAGAUAGUAGCAGCAAAUAUAGCAGCAUUAAAUCUAAAGAGAACCUUUAUUACCUGAUAAUAAUCUUAAUGAACCACUACUAGGUGGUGGCUAGGGGAGAUACUACAGUGAUUUCAGAAAUUAGUAAGCUCAGUCGGACAAUCAGUAAACCAAGAGAGACAUUUAUACUGACCUAAUGUUCAAUGUGCUUGCAAUGAUGCUUAUAAUAAACUUUGGGGCUGACUCUCACUGUGGAAUCUCCAUCUUUAUGUGGUGCUUAGUUUAUUUCUGCAUUUUAUCAACCAGAUCAUUGACAAAUCUGUUUAAGUUGAAAUUAUAAGAAAAUCAGUUUAGGUAUUACAACACUUUUACAAUAGCGAGUUUUAUUGUUAUCGAUGGGUUAUUACUUUCAUGGCUAAUAUAUGGCAAUAUUCUAUUCUAUUCCUCAAAGAACGACUGCAAUCAAAUGGAGGGGUCUAGAGUUUUAUACAAUUUGAUGUUUGUGCUCCUAUUAGUAGGCUAUUUCUAGAUGUUGGUUUACGCACUUUUGAUAUUUUGCCUUCCCUGCUUGAUUGUUAUUCUUAGACACUAAGAAAGGUAGAGAGCAGGUAUAGUACCAAGUUCAGCAAUUCCGAGUAUCAUACAAAGUCUUACUAGAUUGAAAUUUGACAAUUAGUAGUUUAAGAGCGAGGAUUAGUGCAGCAUAUGCUGGAUAGAAUUUAAAUCAGAUGAUGAGAUUACACCUCUCAGCUGCGAUCCAAAGCACUAUUUUCACACUAAAUGCAUUGAGGAUUGGAUAAGGACUGGCAAAAAUACGUGCCCUCUAUGCAGAUAGCCCAUAAGAGAAUUAUGA